UCUCUCGUAGCAGUAACGGUCACUUUUCCUCUCCAUAUUUCCCCUCUCAAUAAAUUAAGUAAUUAACCAAACCAUCAGAACGGCUACAUCAUUCUUGCCCCUUCUCUUCUCUUCUCUUCUCCCUCUAAAAGCUGCAACCCAGCUUCACUUCAUCUCCUCCCCCCAAAAUGCGCACAAGCUUCCUUCUCUCUCUUCUCCUCCUCCUCUCGCUCGCCGCCCUAUCUACCGCCCAGAACAGCGUAGUCACGACGGAGCUCUGGUGCGUGGCCAAGAACAACGCCGAGGACUCUGCCCUCCAGUCCGCUCUUGACUGGGCCUGCGGGGCCGGCGGCGCCAACUGCAGCCCAAUCCAGCCAGGCGCACCCUGCUACGACGCUUCCGACAUCCAGAACACUGCCUCCUAUGCCUUCAACGACUACUUCCUCAAAAACGGCAUGACCGAUGACAGCUGCAACUUCGAUAACACUGCUGCUCUGACAUCUUUAAAUCCCAGUUUUGGUAAUUGCAAGAUGCCAUCCAGCUUGUCUGGGAGCAAUAGAAGUUCGAGUUCAUCAACAGCAUCAUAUGGGUUGGGACCUAGUCAAGAUCUGAAUGGCAGCAAUAAAGUUUCUCAUCAACUGGUUUUGCUGCCCUUGAUUACCAGUCUUUUGCUCAUUGCCUCCUAUAAUACAUGGGUAAUCUGUCUACCUUGAGUUUAGGUUUUGCUAAUGCAAACAGACUAACAGAGACCCUGUGCUUUUUGGGUUUACAUUAGCAUAUCUAGGUUUUAGAGAUAGGUCCUCAAUGUACUAGAAUUGUGCAAUAGAUCGAUUACUUCGCAUCUGUUUAUCUGUUUGAGCUCUGUAUUUUGAUGGUUACAAAAUCAAGCAGAGAACAUUUGUGUUGCAA